AUGCAGCGUUCACUUCUUUUCCUGCUUACUUGCAGCCUAGUCGCCGCACUUCCUCUACGCUUAUUAUUCUUUGUCAACCAAAAUUCUCUACUAUCGAGUGGUUCCCACUAUGAAGCGCAUCCAGGAACACAUCUUGAUCGUAUGGCAGAUUCGGUAGAACUGCUAUUCACCGCCAGCGACGAUGAUGAGAUGAUUCGUGUCUGGAUGCCCAUCGGAAAACGUGUAUCACCGCGUAUGUUCCGCUUUCCCGAGCUCUUUAGCGAUCUUCCGGUCCUCCCGUUACAUCCAAUAUCGGCGCGGAUAGCCAACGUGUUGGGCUCCUCGACCAAGAGGACGGUCAGACGCAAGCACCACCAAGUCACAUGCGUGAUCAAGACGAUAGCGAAUGAGUCAAAGCUCGGCACGCAAGCAUAUUUGAUGGCGAUAGUCCAGGAAGGGAAGGGAGUAGCGAGGCUGAAUGAAGCGAAUCCACCCUUGGAUCUGAAGGGAAGAGAAGUCGAGAGUUAUGAAUGCUUCUGA